CUAGCCCUGAAGUCGUCGCUAUGGCGAGCUAUCUGCCAAAUAACUCUUAUGGCGCGUACGGUGGGUAUGGAGGCAGUACCCACCAGUACGCGUACAAUCUUCAAGAUCACACUGUGCAGCAGUUGCCAUCUGGGGUGUUUUUCCAGUCGAGUCAGAUCGGCGCGGAUGGCGAAGAGUUUGAGGUAUUGGAGAAGGGGAUAGAUCCGCUCAAUAUCUUCCCCACAUUUUACAACCUAGACAGCGGAUUUGUAUCUAACACCACCGAUGGAGCUCCAACACCAAGUACUAGCAGUGAAGCGCGGUGCCUACCUCUGCUCGACGUCAAUAUAGACGUUGAUGUUCAGUUUACCAUUGCGAAGACGAAGGUCACGCAGACAUUUACAAACCUGUCGAGCUAUGUCAUUAGAGAGACGAACUACUCAUUUCCGCUAUACGAUGGCUCGGCUGUGAUCUCAUUCAGAUGUCAUGUUGGAGAGGAUAAGCUCCUCGAAGGUGCCAUCAAGCCGAAAGAGAUCGCCAAACAAGAGUUCAGAGAAGCAGUAGCAAAGCAGAAAGUUGCAGCUCUACUCGAAGAACACACACCAGAAGUCUUUGAGACCAAGCUUGGAAACAUCCCGGCCCGGAGUUUCGUCAAGGUAGAGAUUACCUACGUAAAUGAACUCAAGGCAGACAUUGGGGGUGAGGGUGUACUCGUCACUCUUCCAACCUCGAUGGCGCCAAGAUACGGUGCGCCACCACCUCAGAUGUUACCAUCGUCUACUACGGAUAAGAAUGGCCUCCACAUCACCGUCCAUGUGCACGCGUCUGUAUCCUUGCGCAAACUUGAAAGCCGAACCCACCCAAUCUCCGUUGAAAUGGGUGCCGCAGGCACAAUAGGAAAACCAGCCGCAGUGUCGAGUUUUGGCGAUCUCGUUCGUGGGGCCGACAAGUCAGAUAACGAGUUUGACCCAAAGAAGGCGAAAGCGACUCUUUCAGAAAGGAACGUCACCCUAGGACGCGACUUCGUGCUCCUGAUUCUUGCAUCCGGGUCAAGUAUGGUUGCCUCGGGAGCGCAGCUUGAAGAAGCGUCUGGGGCAGAGCUACAGUCUGCCAUGAAACUUACUUUGAAUCCCCGCGAUAUCUUCUCAUCCUACGUUGAGCCAGAAUCUUUUAAUGGCGAAAUCAUCUUUAUUGCAGAUCGAUCUGGAUCCAUGCAUGGACUAACAAUGGACACGCUUAAGGACGCCCUGGACGUGUUUCUCAAGAGCUUGACGGAAGGGGUACGCUUCAAUAUCUACUCCUUUGGGUCAUCGUUCACUUCGCUCUGGCCACAGUCGCAGCCUUAUACCGAUGAUAAUGUUGAGGCGGCCGUACAACAUGUAUCAACGUUUAGAGCUAAUAUGGGAGGCACUGAAAUCCUUCGGCCUAUUAAGGAUGCCGUUCAGAAGCGCAUAGUCAUGGAAAACUUCACAACUCAAAUCAUUUGUUUGACCGAUGGAGAAGUCUGGAGCGAGGCUGAGGUGCGCGAAUUCGUGUCAGGUACUCGAUUGGAGCUGAAGGAUGCCGUCAGAUUUUUUGCCCUGGGUAUCGGAAAUAAGGUAUCCCACCGUCUUGUUGAGGGGAUUGGCACCGAAGGCGGCGGAUUCGCAGAAGUUAUUGUUGUCGACGGUAGAGGACGAUUGGAGGGCAGGGUCAUGAGGAUGUUGAAGGGGGCUCUCACGCCUGCAAGCUACGACUGCGAACUCGAAUUCGAUGGCAGGUCUACAUACGCUGCUUCCUCAUCCAACGAAGGCUCGAGCUUCAUGCAAGCACCUUACAAAAUCCUCCCUCUGCACCCGUUCUCGAGGACGACGAUAUAUUUCCUAUUCGACAACAAAUACAGCGCAGACCUCAAGGUUGUUACUCUGAAGUCGUCAACACCUUCUGGAGAACAUAUUUCGGUCAAAAUCCCAGUAGUGAAAGCCGCCGCGAAUACGUACAUAGUGCAUCACCUUGCCGCCAAAGCUAUCGUCAUGGAUCUCGAAACCGGCAAGUCCUGGCUCCACAGUACCCUCACCAAUAGUAAAGUGGCAGAUGCUGCAGCCAAAGAUCUCGGCGAGCGGCUUGCGGUUAACUAUCAUAUCACUAGCAAGUGGACUAGUUUCGUCGCCAGAGAGAAGAAAGGGAAUGAAGAAAAUACAGGGCGGCUGUAUAAAGCGCCUAGGAGAGACCUUGCGGAGCUGAAUAAGCGCCGAACGGCGCCGACUGCGCAAUUCUUACAGGCCCAUCGGCAAGCGGUACUGGCCACGACAGGACCAUGGUAUACGGGGUCUCCUCCCCUGAAAUCAUAUGUCCCUCCUUAUGUUUCCAGUGGUUCCACUGCGGGUGCUAGUCGUCGUACGGCGUUAAGUCACACCUCAGACCUGGUGAAUAGUCCUGAGGCACCUAGUCCGAAACUUGGAGAGCAGUUUCCAGAGCCAUAUGCUGGAAGCGACUCCGUUCGGCAUGCAUUCCAGGAUGAGGACGGGUCUCGAAGUGUUUCCUCACUAUCGGUAUCAAACAAGUCAGGUGAAAUUGAGCAGUGCUUCUCAAUGUUCUCUAAGACCUCCAAAAUCAAAGAAAAAAAUUCCGUUGGUGCCUUAAAUAUGGGUGGUAAUUCGCUAAGCUCUGCUGACUUUUCAAGCUUUCCCUCAUUAACUAUGUACGAUUCACACACGCUUGUCUCUGGAGAGUCGCCAGUUCCUCACGAUGACCAACGGCAACAAUUGCGACGACCGCAACAACAGUUAGAACGAUCGUUCGACCUUCCUGUGCAGGUGCAGUAUGGCAGCUGCCGUGCUGGAAGUGUUGAGGCUCUAAAAUCAGAGCUAGAUGUGGAGGAAGACGAUCUUUCGUCAUACACACAACUUUCGUAUACUAUUAAGCCCAUGUCGAAAUCUAUGGCGUCCGCGAACUCCAGUCCCGACUCCAACGACGCGUCCAUGGCCUUGAACUUGCGGAAUGUUAUUCGCAUGCAGUCUGCACAAGGCUCAUUUAGGCUACCCCCGUCCUUGCUCACCGCCAUAUGCUCGCAUUUCACCGCAGGAAUAAUGUCCAUGCUCGAGGCUACACUAGCCAGCUACAGCAAUAGCAACGGCGAGGAUAUGAAAACCAAGCUCGGAGAUACGCUUGAGUUCCUCUUGCAAACCAUGCUAGUUGUGACGUGGAUCAAGCUUGCUUGUGCGCCAGAUAAGGAGAUUUGGGAGCUGCUAGUUUGGAAGGCGGAGAGGUGGAUUGGGAAGAUGGUCGGAGAGGUGAAUACGUGGUCUGGGAAGGUGGUUGGGGUUAGAGAGGUGCAGCGGAGGCUAGGGGAUUAUGUAAGGGAGCAGUGGAUAGACAGUCACGUUGCUUGACGAGGUUAAUGCAACGAUAACAUGUCAAACACUGAGCCGCCCCAUUAUGAAUGCAUCUCCAUGCGACAACUCAGAGUGGUCCCCGCUCGGAUGAGAGGCCUCGGUGUGGAAUGUGACGGAUGAUGACAUAGGACCCGCAAUACUACGCUGCUAGGAUCACGCUUAUGUGAAGGCCUUGCCAUUGGGGGGCAGCAUUGUGGUUUGGUUAAAGUCUACAUGGCUAAGGUUGCAGACGAUAGCUCCACCGGCACUACC